AUGUAUUUGAAGGCAGAGCCAGGAUUAGGUGUUCUGACNCUGACAGCCAUCACCUUGGAAAGAUGGCAUACCAUCACCCACGCCAUGCAGCUGGACUGCAAGGUGCAGCUCCGCCAUGCUGCCAGUGUCAUGGUGAUGGGCUGGAUCUUUGCUUUUAUAGCUGCCCUCUUUCCCAUCUUUGGAGUCAGCAGCUACAUGAAGGUGAGCAUCUGCCUGCCCAUGGAUAUUGAUAGCCCUUUGUCACAGCUGUAUGUCAUGUCCCUCCUUGUCCUCAAUGUCUUGGCCUUUGUGGUCAUCUGUGGCUGCUACACUCACAUCUACCUCACAGUGAGGAAUCCUAACAUCAUGUCCUCCUCUAGUGACACCAAGAUUGCCAAGCGCAUGGCUAUGCUCAUCUUCACUGACUUCCUCUGCAUGGCGCCCAUUUCUUUCUUUGCCAUUUCUGCCUCCCUCAAGGUGCCCCUCAUCACUGUAUCCAAGGCAAAGAUCCUUCUGGUUCUGUUCUACCCCAUCAACUCUUGUGCCAACCCCUUCCUUUAUGCCAUCUUCACCAAGAACUUUCGCAGGGAUUUCUUCACUCUGCUGAGCAAGUUUGGCUGCUAUGAAAUGCAAGCCCAGAUUUAUAGGACAGAAACCUUAUCCACUGUCCACAACUCCCAUCCAAGGAAUGGCCACUGCUCUUUAUCUCCCAGAGCCACCAACAGCUCCAGUUACACACUUGUCCCUCUAAGCCAUUUAGCCAAAAACUAAAACACAAUGUGAAAAUGUAUUUGAGUGCUGAAUGACAAUUUCCUUGACUUUGAAGAAUAUGUCACGGGACAGCUGCUAGAAUGCAUCUACAUAUUCCAUCUACUUUAUCCUUCCUGGCAUACCUGUAAUGUAAAUGGGCCACAAACUAUUAAUCCCAUGUGAUAGAUUAGGAAGCUGACUUAUUAAUAAAAAGAAUAAUUAAAAU